CUUUUGUCCCUCAAAUUGUCUUCGCAAAGGUCCGUGCUCCGCGGUUUCUAGAACUGAGGUGACAGACAUCAUCGACCGGCCGGGACUUGCCAGUGCCCUACGUACAGGAUGUACAUGCACGACUCUUGAAGUACGUCGUGGGCCAGAAAAGAUUGGCAUAUACCUUGGAAAAAAGUGAUGUCGGUUGGUCCUUUAUUUUCUUCAAAAUAAUACAACAACCUCGUAGAUCUAACAAACACGACGGUCCAGCGCCUACGAUUGGCUUCUUAGCCCACUAAAGACGCUCGGAACAAUUAAGAUGCACUUCCGCAUCAAGGCUACAGCCUUGUUGACGCGUGUACAACACGUUUUUGUGAGGGAUGGACCCUCAAGUGUCAACAGGACUUUCAAGGCCGAUAAGAAGGUCGCCUUGCGGAGAGUGCACUUCCUUGCAUCUUAUCCGACACUUUUCCCUAACCAUCUACCUCAUCGCACAUGCAUCUUCCGUCGUCUAGCAACUACAAUGAAUUCCUUGUAUAUCCUGAGGAUUCAGAAUCCUUUCAACGAGAAACCGAGCUCCCAUCGAAGCUCGAUUUCGUGGAUGGUUUAAGAACCUUUGAGUUCGAGUCAUCCACAGCACCAACGGUGCUGUGGUCUUCUGAUGACCUCGAUCUUCACCUCGAGGAUACGGACGAUGCGGCAUAUAUCGAGAAUUUGGCUAUCCACCAAUUGCAAGCAUCUAACGCUGCCCGAUAUCGGUAUCCAGGAUCAUCUGCAACUGGAGACUUUUUAGGUUUACCGCAGUUGAGCCCUGAUGAAUCACCGUUCAGUGUCGCGUCGAGCAGGUCUCCCUUGACUCCACAAGGCGGCGCCCUUCUCCCUGACCUCUUCUGUGGUCCGUUGGAAGACUUUGGGCCUCUCGAUGUCGCAGCGCAUUGCACUCCGUUUUUUGAGGAAGAAGGAUUUAUGGAAGACUCAGCUUAUCCUGAACAAUUACAAGAAGACCUUGCCUGUCGGGCGGUCUUGGAUAUGCCUUCUCCAGCAUCAUCCUUAAAGAAUCUCUCUCAGCCGAAGCUCGUGCUUCCAGUUGACGAUGCUGAGCUGGUGCAUGACUCGUCAUCUAUCUUGCCAGACUCUAAUCCCGCGGAGCGAUCUCGUUUCCUAAGAUUUACAGAGGGCUUGACGGAGAACGUUACAUCACAAGUGCAAAUAUGCAUUUCUCCAAGCUCAGCCCCCUGUCCGCUCCGUACUAACGUACAGCAUCCGAGUCAGCUCUCGUCGCCUUUCAACCCAAGUCAUGUUGGUAUUAAACCGGCUGACGUUUGUCGAGGAGCCAAGCGCCGGCGGACCGACGAUGACGAUGACGAUGACGAUGACGAUUACCAACCCAAUCGCAUCCAUAAACGGGCAGCAUCCAAGGUUAGGAAAGUCAGUUAUGGUUCCUCAAGAGUGACAAGACACGAAGGAACCAAGGAAGAGCGGUUUGACUGUUCGAUGAAAAUUCAUGGCUGCAAGAAGUCUUUUACGCGUCGAAACGACAUGGAGAGGCACUUGGGGAGUUGCAAGUUUAGCCCAGGCCUGCCUUCGAUGACAGUCAAAUGCCCUCAUUGCCAGAAAUUCCUGUCCCGUAAAGAUGCUCUCUUGCGCCACAUUAAGCAGAGCCAUGUGGAUGCCCAGUAGCAAGACAUCAUAAUGUACAUGGACGUUGGUUUUGGCAUCCAGCCAGACACCGAUCGGCACUUGAGUUUGCUUCAAUCAGGACCAGUUCUUAUUCUUGCACGUCACAACUACAUGUAGCCAUAGCGGUAUCAAUCCUCACUUGCAUUUCAUUCCUCACGAAGUCUGCGGAUCUUUCUUUUCUUACACGGCAAAACCACCAUUUUGAUGUUAAAAUUUAAAAAUAGCAAUUAUCUAUCCAACAUCUCACCUGCGUUGUUCACAUAGUUUUCGCGCAGCGAGCGACAUUGUUGUCGCAUUUGGUUUUACGCCAUACUAUCUCUUGCCCGGUGUUGCAAAACUUUCGACCCGUUUUUUA